CACUUAGCAGCGAAAAACAGGCUGUUUUCAAGAGUUAUAAAAAAACAAACAUUAACCUGACAAGUAUUCAGGCCGCACCCUGCUAGUUUUGCUUUUUUACUUUCUGUUUUCCACUCGGGACUUUCCAGACUCGCGCUGGUCUGUUCAGAAACCAUGGCUGGUAAUGAAGCAGUCAUUCCUCUUCAUGGAGCUUCACUUGCUAUUGUAAAAGAUUGCGGACGGACUCUGAGUGACAUCUUUUCCAGCAAAUUUGGAUGUGCAGCCACCUUUGAUGGUGUAGAUUUAGAGGAAGGGGCACGCUUUUCCCAGCACAGAGGGCCAGCUGGUGCCCCAGAAAAAAGGUUUGUUGCUACACUGCAGGCAGGCGUUCAGGUGUCCGUGUGGAAGGGGGAUCUCACCUGUUUCACAGCGGAAGCUGUUGUGAAUGCUGCAAACACCGGUCUUCAGCACAUUGGAGGUCUUGCGUAUGCUCUGUCUAAGGCUGGUGGUCCUCAAAUCCAAAGAGACAGUAAUGUUCAUGUCAGUCGUCAUGGUGAUGUAAAAAAAGGUGACGCAAUUAUUUCAGAUGCAGGGUUACUGAAAUACAAGAAGAUAAUUCAUGCUGUGGGUCCAGACCUACAAUACAAUCCUUCGGAGGAAGAUGUAUCACGAGCUGAACCGCUGUUACAGAAGGUGAUUUGGGAAAUUCUCCACAGAGUUAAAGAAUACCGUCUGAAGUCUGUUGCCAUUCCUGCUAUAAGCUCUGGAUUGUUCAACUACCCUCUGCCAAAAUGUGCAGAAAUCAUAGUGUUGAGUAUAAAGGACUACUAUGAACACUCUCCUCCACAAGGACAUCGUCCAAACGAGAUUUUCCUUGUGAACCAUGACGAGCCCACAGUCAAGGAAAUCGAGAGGGCAUGCCAUAAGAUAUUGGCCCCCCAGCAUCCCAUGUCAUACAGCCAGGCCACAGCAAGCAACACCAGGGCUGCUACCAGAGCUUCAGCCACUACUGUCACGUUUGGAAAUGUCCGCGUGACACUGAUGAAGGGUAAAAUUGAAGAACAAAAUAUGCAUGUCAUUGUAAACACUGCAUCCCUCUGUGGCGACCUGAGUAAGGGGGCCAUUUCCAGAGCUAUAUUGACAAGAGCUGGUUAUAAAAUGCAAAAAGACAUGGACAAAGCUAAUUUAACGGGACACAUCAAAGUCACAGGGCCCUAUGAACUGAGUUGCAAAGAGGUGUAUCACACUUUCUGCGUUCAAAAAGGGGGGCGAAAUGCUUCUCAGAUUCUCGUGGAUUCAGUGGCUGACUGCCUGUACAGGGCAUCUAAAUCUGGCUACAAGUCAAUCGCUUUUCCUGCAAUCGGCACCGGAAACCUCAACUUCAGGAAAGAUGAAGUUGCCUCAAUGAUGUUUAAUGCAGUGGCCGACUUCAGCUCGAAAAAUCCAGCCAAGAUGGAAGUUUACUUUGUCAUAUUCCCUUCUGAUGAUGACACUUUUGAGGCUUUUGAGGAACAGAUGAGAUCUGUUAAGCAAAGCUCAUCACAUCCCAGUUUUGCUCCAGCAGCAACAGAAAACAGAGAGAACGUCCACAGCAGCAGAACUCCGUCUCCACAGAUCACCCUGACCGGCCCCUCUGAAGAAGCAGUGGCUGAGGCUAGGACGUGGUACCACGACCUCAUUAGCCAGCACCGCCCUGUCAACAUCUGCAACAACUUCAUCCUACACUUUGGAGAGAAAGAACACCGUCAGCUGUCCGGUUUAAUGAAAAGAGGGGUUUCCGUUGAGGAGUUUUUCACACAAGGCCACGCUUGCAUCAUGGUGCAGGGUGACAAGGAAGAAACCAUUCCUGCGGUGUUGCAGGUGGAGGCCAUGCUCUGCAAAAUCCAGCAGGAGUUUGUCUCAGAGGAAGAAAGGGAAAUUAGUAUGCUGUCUAGUCAGGAAGUGUCCUGGGAAAGAAAAACUGUUCCCAAGUCAAGCAAAGAUUUCAAAGAUCAAUGUCGUCCCUUCAAAAAGCAUCUGUGGGUGUCAAAGGUGGACAGGGUGGAGAACCGUGCUCUGAAGAUGCUGUUUGACCUCAAGAAGCAGCAGCUGAAGUGCAGCACUUCUCAGAAAAUGUUCCAGCUCAUACCAGCACAGUUCUGUGAGAUGAUCAGCUGCAUUGGUUUCCACGCAGAGUGCGCUCCACCUGAAGACCCAAAGUAUGGAGAGGGGAUCUAUUUUGCGAGCACAGUAGAGGCGGCCAUGGGAUUGUGGAAGCAGAAAAAUGAAGAGUUCCUGUACUUUGUGGCGGCUGAGGUGCUGACGGGAAACUCCGCUCCUGGUAAACCAGGGUUCAUUCUGCCUCCUCCGGUGGGCUCAGACCCUCUUUGUAUCUACGACAGUGUGGGCGGACCUGAUGUCUCUGUCAUUUUUAGCAGUUAUCAGGCUCUGCCCAAGUACAUCAUCACGUGUAAGAAACAGUUAUCAGGCUCUGCUCAAGUACAUCAUCACGUGUAAGAAACAGUUAUCAGGCUCUGCUCAAGUACAUCAUCACGUGUAAGAAACAGUUAUCAGGCUCUGCUCAAGUACAUCAUCACUUGUAAGAUUGUGAAUCUGUGAAGACAGAUGGCUUUUUUGUGGGUUUAUUUUGUUCUUUGCCAGAUAAAUUCUUGGCUUCUUCUCAAACAUGCUUAAAUAUUCCCUUAUUAAAAAAAUUAUUUCUUGAUGAUUUCCUGAAAACUAAAUGUUGAGGAUUCUUAAUAUGACAUUUUAACCUUUUUGUUAAUGAAAUUUAUUUUUUCUUGGAGUUACAAAGUGUGGUGGCAUCUCUCUUAAAAUAUCUUCUAAGUCUGUGUGUAAAAAAAAAACCUUCAUAUUUUAAAUGAAUGUAGAGACUGUUAAAAAACACUGAUUGUAUCAUUAAAGCACCUCAGUGGAUUGGAGGGUUGAUCUUAUCACUGAAUCAGAUAAGUUCAUUUUAAGUUCUUUUAUCAUGUUUUCUUUUGUAUCGUGUUUAUCAUUUGUUUCUAUUUAGGCAACCAGCAUCUUGUAUAAUAGUUCAGGUAAUACAAGGUGGGCUUAAUGCCACAUAUUGAAUCAAUAAAUGACACAAAUAACUAUAUAAUGGUGCAAAGCUGAUUUAAUUUUGGGUAAUUAUGAUUUUUCAUUUAAUGGAUGAAAAGCUUCGGUGUAAACGUCACCUAAACCGCAUAACAAAUUCUAUAUAUUUUUUAUGAUUGCAGCCUAAUUCAGUUGUUUACAUGGAAAAAAUAUUUUUCUUUGAAGGAUAUAGGUGUUAAAUAAAAUCUUAGAGCUGCUUUGA